GCCCCUACUUCAGGGCCAUGUUUACAUGUGACAUGGCGGAAAGUCGUCAGAAGACGGUUGUUUUACAGGGCUUGGAUGCAGACAUGCUUGGGGAGAUCCUGAGUUACAUCUACUCGGGAACCCUCCAUGUGUCCCUGGAUAAAGUGCGGCCCCUGCUUGUACCAGGCAGCCGACCUCCUCCAACUGGACUAUGUGAGAGACACCUGCAGCAGCUACAUGGCCAUGAACGUGGAACGCUCCACCUGUGUGAACCUGUACACAUUUGCUGAUGUCUUCUGUCUGGACAAUGUGCGAAAAGCUUGUCUGAAAUGUAUCGAUAGAAACUUUGCUGAGGUUGCCUCCAGUGAGUUCAACAGCCUGAGUGUGAAUCAGCUGACUGAGAUCAUCAGCCACGAUGAGCUGGAUGUUAAAGAGGAGACAACAGUGUGGGAGGCUGUGGUAAGAUGGGUGCAGCACAGCAGGGAGGACAGACUGAACCACCUACCCAGCGUCCUCCCUCACAUCCGCUUCAACCUGCUGACAUUAGACGACACUGCAGCCAUCUUGGAACACCCCCUGGUCAAGGAGGAUCCAGGGAAUUCAGAGGUCAUCAGGAAUGUGGUACAGAAAGGAAACCAUGACCUGAAGCCAAGGCUUGGGAUGACCACGGAGAUGGCUAUUCUUUUCGAUCUGUUCAAGCCAGAUGAUCUCCUCUUUAUAAAUCCUCAGAAAGGGAAGUACAUUACCUGCAGUUACAAGCAUGAAGCCCUCAAUCGAGUCUCAGCCAUGACAGUCACCAGUGAAAACAACAUUUAUGUCCUGGCUGAUAAGUCUAGGGAGCUGUUUCAGUACAACCAUGCAGAGAAUGUGUGGGAACAUGCUGGUAUGUCACCAGUAUCUAAUCUGGCACCAGGAGAUAAUUUCAUUUACCACCGAGAGCUCCUUUUUGAAGUUGAGCGGAUUUUGUACUGUCUUGGAGUUGACUAUAGAACGGGAAGUUUACUAGUGCGGAUGAGAAAGUACAACCGGCACACGGACCAGUGGCAGGAGUGUUCGCAGUUGGAACUUGACACUGCGACACACCACAGUGAAGCAGUGUCCUGCAGUUCACACCUGUAUUUCCUGACAAGCUCGGAAAUGUAUUGCUAUGACCCGAACAAGGACUGUUGGUACGAGCGGACUGCAGCAAUGAUCAUUCCUGAUGUGUACACAGCCGUUUCUUUCGGACCGGAGAUUUUCUGCACAGAUAGUAACCUCACUCAUACCAUGAUGUACGACACAGAGUCUGACCACUGGCAGAGGCUACAAGGCUUACCAAACACAUUGAACCCUGUUUUGGUGAUUGAAGAACCCGGACUCUUUGUAAUGGAGAAUGAGCUACACAUAUGGUUAAACUGUUCUAACUAUGUUGAUGACAAUAAUGAGUAUGACAAUCAUGUUAUAUAUGUGUAUGACAGGUCUGCUAAUGCCUGGAGAGACUUGGAGGCCACUUUGCCUUAUGGGGAAUAUUUAACCUAUGGUCGUCAGUGCCCUGUGGCCCGUAUAUGCCUACCAUAUAUCAAUGUGCAGGAUAACGACCCAUAGUAUAUAACUAGGCUCGCAAAGCAGGACUAUUGAAUGACAUUUUUGUUUAGAAGUAGGUUUUUAGCAAAUGUCCAACAAUGAGAUAGAUUUUAGUACAUUUUAAACGUUGCAUUUUUACAACGACCCUUCCACAAACUUAUGUGGCCCAAGGGCCUCAGAGCAGAGAUGGACGCUGACUUGUGCAACAAUUGCGGUCCGGAGAAGACGAUAGAUUUUUAAGGUCCUUUCUGAGGCUUUAAGAUAAGCAUAGUCCAUGACUGAACGCUGGAAGCACCCUCCAUAAAACCCUUAUUGUACUUAAUGAUAUGUUCUAUUUUUAUGUUCCAUAUGUUUUCCCGUAGUGUGAUUAAAUUUUGCUGUAAGUUAGCCUGACUAAGUUUUGUAUGUUAUCCUGACUAAGAUAACAUGAAAACCUAAGUUUUAUUUCUAGUAACCCCUUCAGGCCAGGCCCUUCGGAGGACUCUAUGAAUCCCAGGUCAGCGAGAACUAUAGUGUCGCAAAGAGUUUGACUAUUAAUGUUAUUUGUUUUUAUCUUUUGUUAAAGAAACCAAUUUGAAAGGUUAAUACAUAUAUAUAGAUUACAGCCAGUUGAUAUAUCCGCCUAUACUAUAGAUAGAUUCAUUUAGGGUUACGAAUAUCUUUUCUUGGAACAACUAUACACGACCAUGAAAUUAGAACCACUUUAUAUAUCUGUGUUUCCAUAUAGAAUAUAUUGAUUUUGAACAA